AUGCCUGGUAUAGAUAAGCUUCUCCUUUGUUUCAAUUUAUUGAAAUCAAUUGACCUUGACUUUAACCAGUCCAGCAACUAUAAUGGACUUGCGGUCUGGGCAAGAGGUGUAGAGGUUCCGACUGCUUUCCUCGCUAGGUGGCCACCAGGAACCUUGCAGUCGUUGAAGGAUUUUCUUGAUGGCCGAGAAGGUGGCAUCUCAUUUUCAACUCAAGAAGAUGCUGCCAAGACAAGUAUCUUCUCAAAAAGUUGGCCAGAUCUUUGGUUGGAUGUCGAUAGACUUGAUUUUGAAUCGAGAAAAAUGUGGAAAGCGAUUGAAGAUGAUGAGCAUCCAGAUUAUGAAAGAUUCCUUGAGAGCAAUUGCCAAAAGAGAGUGCACAUGCUAGAGUUGGAUCUGUCUGCAUAUGAUGGAAUGGUUGCUUACAUUUGUUAUGAUUUUUCUCUGAACCUGCUUGGGCUGACUAAUGGGAAUUCAUUUGCACUACCUCUUCCUAAUUCCUAUGGGCAUGGGAUCAACUCUGAUGCGCUAUCUUUUGGCUGUAAUUCCCUUAGAACUUUGGCGUUUAAAGGUGUAAACGUGUCUAGGGAAGUUCUCGAAUUUUUCUUGCAUAAUUGCCCUUUCCUUGAGCAUUUGGGAGUGGAAAUCUCUGAUGAUCUGGAAAAUUUUAAAGUCACAACUUGGUUUAAGAAUGUUCCUAUGCUUGUGGAUGUUUUCAUUGGUGGAUUAGUUUAUGGAAUGUUAGGACUGUUCGAUCGUGUUAUUUCAUGGCUUGCUUGUUGCCUGUCAAGACUGGAGGCUCUCACGGUAGAUAUCAAGACCUUCGGAUUGAUUAAGGGUAAAAAUACAAAUGUAGUAUUUCCUCAGUUAAAGCAAUUAUCUUUCCAAGUGUCUGAACCAAGCAACAGGAGCCUGAUUUCAUAUACUUAUCUCAUGAGGGCAUUCCCCAACUUGGAGAAGUUCAUCCUUAAGGCUGUAGGAAACUUUAAUGUCAAAACCAGAGGUCUAAUUGGAGUUCUGGUUCCUGGUGUAGAGGUUGAAGCCGAAGUUCCACAGGCAUCAGUGUUCAAGUUCACCAAGACCAAUGAGUUGAUCCUUCCAUGGGGUUUCGCAAUGAAAAUGAGGAACUCCAAGCUCUCAGGGAUCGUGUUUGAAGGUGGGAUUCGAGGCAGAGCUUCUCACAGAAAGGAGUGUGAAGGCUGA